GGUAUCCGGACUUCGAUGUACCUGGUCAUGUCUGGCGCCAUCUUCAUCACCAUCUUUGGGAAUCUUGCUAUGAUCAUUUCCAUUUCCUAUUUCAAGCAGCUCCACUCACCCACCAAUUUCCUGAUCCUCUCCAUGGCGACCACGGACUUCCUGCUGGGCUUGACCAUCAUGCCUUACAGCAUGGUCCGAUCUGUGGAAAACUGCUGGUACUUUGGACUCCCUUUUUGCAAAAUCCAUUACAGCUUUGAUUUGAUGCUCAGCAUCACCUCUAUCUUCCACCUCUGCUCUGUUGCCAUCGAUAGGUUCUAUGCCAUUUGUUAUCCUCUGCGUUACUCUUCCAAAAUGACCAUUCCGGUGAUUAAGCGCCUGCUGCUUCUCUGUUGGUCUGUGCCAGGAGCGUUUGCUUUCGGAGUGGUUCUGUCAGAGGCUUAUGCGGCUGGAAUAGAGGGCUAUGACAUUUUAGUUGCGUGUUCCAGUUCCUGUCCGGUUAUGUUCAACAAGCUCUGGGGGACCACUUUAUUUAUGGCGGGCUUCUUUACUCCUGGUUCAGUAAUGGUGGGAAUUUAUGGCAAAAUAUUUUCUGUGUCCCGGAAACAUGCUAAGGCCAUCAACAGUCUGCCUGAAAAUACAAAUCAUCAACUGAAGAAAGACAGCAAAGCGGCUAAAACCUUGGGCAUUGUCAUGGGAGUUUUCCUCUUGUGCUGGUUUCCCUGCUUUUUCACAAUUUUACUUGACCCAUUUUUGAAUUUUUCUACUCCGGCCAUGUUGUUUGAUGCUCUGGCAUGGUUUGGCUAUCUUAAUUCCACUUGUAAUCCUUUGAUAUAUGGUUUCUUCUAUCCUUGGUUUCGUCGAGCACUUAAAUACAUUGUCCUAGGCAAAAUAUUCAACCCAGGUUUCCAUACGACUAAUCUGUUCCUUCAUAAAGAGUCUGAGUAG